AAUACAGAGCCCAACACCUUUCAGCCCUAAAACUAUAUCAUUCUCUCUCACCGCUUCUGCGUCUCUGGACCACCUCACUACUCGCCAGUCAUCCCGUCGGCCCACCGUCCACAAUCAGCAGUUCAUCGUUCAUCUCUCUCAGUCGCAGUCGCAGUCGCAGUUGCAGGCUUGCAGCAAGCCACUGUCCAUCGUCCACCAAACAUCUUCCACUACGUUGGAAUGGUUCAAAUUCCGUUGUCUUCACACCCAACCCAGAAACAGAAGUUAGCGUACUCCCGUGGGUAUUUCUACUUCUCUAUAUUUCCCUAGUUUCAAUGCCUUCAAAAACCAAGAAACACUCGAAGACAGCUUCAUCAAAGUUCUCACACUCUGACCAGACUUCGCCUUCAUCAUCCUCAAAUUUGACGCCAAACCCAGAUGUUGAAUUCAGUGAAGAAGACCUCUUGUCCGCUCUAGAUGAAGCUUCCUUGAAAUACCCAUCUCUUAUUGGGAAAACUGCAGUUAUUGGCAGAGUCACAGAGGAUGUUGGUGAGGUUGUGGAUUCCAAAGGCUGCAAGAUUUGGCUUUCUCAGUCUUCUAUGGUGGCUUCUUCCAUCAGCCCCGGGUCCACCGUAUCCGUUUCCCUCACUUAUUCGGGAAAGAAAAUGUCAAGUAACUUGCCUCUCAGCUCUUUGCCAGAUGAAUGUGCUAGACAUUUUGGGUUUGCCUCUACGGAUUUAAUGGCUAAUGAAGCGGGAAACUACUUUGUUCUAGCAACUGUGUUUCCCUCUUGUAAGGUUUGA